ACAGACAUGUUACAAUAGCCCAACUUUCAGGACUGUAAUGAAAUAUUAUCAUUAUUAUUAUUAUAAUUUCUCUAAUAAAUCGUGGUUUAUAUCUUUAUUGUGGGAUCAACGCCUAUUCGCUGUGGUCGUGUCACGUGCGACCUCUAAGCACCGCCCACCUGCCUUUAAUGGUCUACGGGAAUGAUUUCCGCACACGGACCGGAGGUGAGCGUCCCUUUAACCCGCACGCAGGGGGACUGUGGAGCGGCUGUGGGCUGUGGGCCUGGGCCCUGCGUGACUGACUGCUCGCCUCCGUGCCGCUUCCGCACCCGCGCCAUUGGCCGCCGCCGCUCCGUGGGCGGGACACGAAGCUCUGACUCAGCUGUGAGUCACUGCACGACACGUCUGUCACACACGGCCUGUCGAUGGAUCCACGUACUGUGGGAAUUUAUAUACGUUCAUCCAGGGACGAGUAACAAAAACCAGACUGACACAAAAUAAAAAUAAAAUGACCUAUAAGUAGAUAUCACGGCGUGUAUAUAAUUAAUUGGUUAAAAAAUAAACAAUUGAAUUAUUAGGAUAGGUAAAAUGUGUAUUUGUUCUGUGCCCCGUCGUGCAACUUGCGUAAAUGUUAGUGGAAGUGGAAUGCGUAAAUGGUGAAGCCGUGAUAAGAUUUAAUUUAUAAUCGUGUACAUAAUUUCAAAUGUGUAGUGAGCCGAGCUGAUCGAGCCGACUACAACCCACGGAUAGAGGAAGCUCGUAUUCUCCAUUUGCUUCCUGACACGUGAACGCAGCAGCAGCAGCCUGCUGUUCUGUGGCAGCGGAGGAGACGUGGGACCGAGUUCGUGCGGUCCAUCAGUGUUCUUCGCCAGGACUGAACCGUGCAGCGGACCGAGCUUUCUACCAACACACCUGCUCCUACUGUAGCACCGUGCUGGACGAGUCCGUCUCAGAGGAUAUAUGUUCGGUAAAGGUGCGAAACGGAAGCUGGACGAGGAUGAAGAGGGGCUGGAAGGCAAAACGCUGGAGGUGCCGCUGGCGGGAGGGGGGCUAGGCAUGGCCCCGGAGGGUCUCUCCAAGGUGUCGUACACCCUCCAGCGGCAGACCAUCUUCAACAUCUCCCUGAUGAAGCUGUACAGCCAGCGGCCGCUCGGCGAGCCCAGCCUGGAGCGCCGCGUCCUCAUCAACAACAUGCUGCGGCGCAUCCAGGACGAGCUGAAGCAGGAGGGCUCCCUGCGGCCGCUGCUGCUGCCGCCCUCGCCGCCGCCCGACGACCCCAUGGACGAGGGCUUCCGCGAGGCGCCGCCGUCCUUCGGCGUCCUGCCGGCGACCGCGCAAGUGUCCCAGCCUUCUGCGCUGCUGAUGCCGGCGAUCGCCCCGCCGCCCUCGCCCCACCCGAUGGUGCCUCCCAACUGCCAGGCACCCCAGGCCGGCCUGAGCCGCGCGGAGGCCGGCCCCGCCCCUCUGGAAGCCUGCCUUACUCCAGCCUCUCUGCUGGAGGAGGACGGCGGAGAUUCGGCCUUUUGCGCUCCGUCCCCGCCCACUCCUCCUCUGUCCCCGCCCCCGGCCCCGCAGCCUCUACCUUCAGCACUUCUGAGCCAGGCGUCCUCCAGUGUCCCUGUGCCUAUCUUGUCCAAUGACGCUUUCCCCUCCACUCUGAGUGAAAUGGGCCCUUCCACAGCCAUAACAAGGACAGCAGCAGCUAAUACUACGACCAUGACUACCUCCCCUGCUCCCACACUAACUUCCCAGCCCCCCUAUUUAGCAGCACCCGCGGGCCCCCCCAGAGACUUCAGGACCGUGGGUGCUAAACCAGAGGCAGCUGGCGUUUUCUUAGUAGAAGGCCGCUGCGCUGAGCUCCGACCGAUGGACACUCUGCCCACACUGCCCCCUGGUGGCCUGGUAGACAUUUCCUCCUCCCCUUCCUCUCCCUCCUCCUCCCCUUCCUCUCCUCCCCUCUCCUCCUCCUCGCCCUCCGGGUUCCUCUCAGACUUGGCGCUGGACGACGUCCUGUUCGCCGACAUCGACACGUCCAUGUAUGACUUUGACCCCUGUACGACGGCGGGGGCCGUGGGAGUGACGGCGGGAGGCGGCCUCUCUAAACUGUCGCCCGUGGUGACGGCCGACGACCUCCUCAAAUCACUGUCGUCGCCGUACAGCGGCCCCGCCCCCCAGGUUUCAGCCAAUCAGCCUUUCAAAAUAGAUCUGACAGAACUGGACCACAUCAUGGAGGUGUUGGUGGGUUCAUGACUCGAGGACGCCUCCACCCGAGAAACAGAGACCGUUUUAUGAGGAUAACAGACUGGAAUGAAAACUUUGGGAUCGAUUUUUUUUGUUUUUUUCUUUUUUUUUUGUUCGUUUUUUCUUCUUUCUUUUUUUUUUUAAACUCUCUUCGAAGGUCGGUAAUUGUAAACAUCGAUGGUGAUGUCAAUUAGUACUACUAUGACAACUACUACCACACAACACUGUGCAUUUACUGUGCUCGCCUUUCCAAAUAUGGAAAUGAAGUAACCGGGAAACAAAGACACACACAAACACACACAUUUUUAUUAUUUUAUUUGUUUUUUUUUGCAUUUCUAUACUUGUGAGAACUUCCCUUCAUGUCCUAAAGUGAAACCCAACCCUGGCUCCGAUCUUUAAACCCGAGCAUACGCCUUAACCCUGAACGGCAACUGUAGAAACGGAAAUUAUUCCUCAUUCUCUCUCUACAAUCAUCACAAGUAAAGAAAUACAAGUCAACACACACAAACAUAACACACACACACACACACACACACACACACACACACACUGUAUUCACGGCUUUUAGCAGAUGAGUGCCUUUUCAAAAUGACCACUUAUUCAAUUCCUGUUUUUACAGUAUUUUUUCUUUCUAGUUCUUUUCGUUUUAACAGCCUAGAUCGGUCGCUCCUCGACGUUUUUUUUUUUUUCCUUUCUUUAAUUUAUUGUAUUGUAUUAAAACUGUUAUUAAGUAAGGUAAUUUCUCAUGAUCAAAUAAUAAUUAUUUAAUCUUUAUCUUAUUACAAAUGCUAUGUUUUAUUUGUAAAGCAAAAGCAUAAAAAAGGUUUUUACGUAGUUUUUACCAGUGUGCUAGAUCGCGUAUUAGCUUGGCUGUGUAAUAAUGCUUUGGGAGUAGCUCUAAAAACACAUCGCCAGGUUAUUUGAUCAUUUUUAUCUUUUUUUUUUUUUUUUUUUGGUAGAAGGAUAUUCUCGUACACAUCAAGUCUACGAACUAUUAUUUCUUCCCCUUCCUUACUGGCAGGCACAUAUAACCGUGCCGGAUGCUCUCGCUCUCUCGCUCUCUCUCGUAUGAGCUGGUUAUCGUUAUUCAGGUGGAGCUACAACCACGGGGAAGCUUGACGUGUUCACGUCGGACGCAGCCGACUCACGGGUCCCAGACUGGGUGCAGAGGUUUAGGGACGACACGUGUGACUAAAGUGGCACCAGUGAGACUUUUGGUUUGAUUCCUACUCACUUAGAGACUAAUCCCAGCAGGACGUACAGUAUUACACACACACACACCCCUCUCGUAUUUGCCGACUAUGUUUACUUUACAUUUUGAACAGGAGCCAAAUCUCUGGGUUCUGCUCACAUCCCGAAAAGAAAAAACUCAUGUAUGUUUUAAAGCACAUACUUGAGCAGGAGGGCUUAAUCCGGCUUGUGAAUAAUUCGAUGAAGUAGGGAAACCCGAACCUCAGUAUUAACCCGAUACUGCAACCACGCGUGUUGUUUUCAAAACACUACCCCCCCCCCCAACCCCUUCUUCCCUUCUUCCCUCGCACAGGCCACAAUGCACCACUUUAGGCACAAUGACACAUUACAAGUAACUGAUGAGUACAGAAUUCAUAGAGACAUCACUGUAUCUGGUACAUAUCUUCUAUAUUUGUCCGUCUGUUCUCAGCAAUAUGUGAAUUUUUUAAAAAUUUGGUGCAAAGGUCCAGAACUGCAGGGUAAGUCGAACCCCUAAAACCCUCCUUGCAUUGGUGCAAAAUUGUCUGGUAAAUGCGCCAAUUUAGUGUCUUAUAAUUAUUUAUUUGUUUUUUUGUUUUUUUUUGCAGGAUUUGUUCUUCGUAAAUGCCCACUUUUCCAGAGCUUUUAAUUGUUGAGUAAUGACAGAAUUCUAUCUAUGUUCUGGGGUUUUGAACCUUAAAUAUUAGACAGAGAUUACUUACACAAUUACACAGAUUACUCAUUAGAGCAUUUUUCUUAUUAGUGAGACAACACCUCCUACAUAUCUUCUACAUUUGUCAGUCUCUUCUCAGCAAUAUAUGAGUUUUUGAAUUUGCUGCAGUUGGUCCAGAACUGCAGGGUACAUCCCCAGUAGAGAUUUUAAGUUGAAAACCCUAAAGCCCUCCUUGCAUUGGUGCGAAAACGUCUGGUAAACUACGGGACUCAGUAGUUGUUUAUAGGACAGAAUGUAUUACCUGGAGUCGGAGGAUGAAUGGAUGGAUGAAUUUUUUAAAAAAAAAAAGAAUAAACAAAACGUGUUCCAGUGACACAUCAUCAGCUUCCCAGUGCAGAUUUGACUUCAUCUCGAGCGUGAGGUUAUGAAGUGAACUCAGAGCAGAGCUGAGCACAUAAGCAGCACCGGUUAAAACCGUUUGUAGACGACUGUGUCUUGUUUCUUUCACUAUGUUUGAAUUUUUUGGAGUGCUUGUUUUCUGUUUUUUUUUUUUUUUUUCUUGUCGAAGUUAUUUAUUCAUAUUGUUUUAUCCUUUUUCUGUGUAAAUAUAUUUAUUUUUGGAUCUGAAGUGAACAUUUGGAUUGUAAAUGUGUGUACAGAAUGUGUGGUAAGAAUGUACUUCAGAUAGGAAUGUAUCUGAGUGUGGAAUUAUGGGUGGAAGCCAUUUUUUUUAUAUCCAUGGGUAGUUAUAUUCUUAUGUUAAUCUGUUUGUUUGUUGCUUUGUUAUUGAUUCUUUUAUUAUUUGUUUUUUUUGUGGGAUGGUGGCCACGACUUUUUACAUGUUUUGUACUUUUCUUUCCUCGAUCAUUUUCCAGCUGAAGGCGAAACAGUUCAUGCAGCAAUACUCAGAAAACAAAAACCCAUCUCCAACGUUCAGAUGUCAAGACUCCAAAGCCUGUCAUAGACGCUUCAAUGCCAAAAGUAAUGUACAUAGUAUGAACAACAUUCGAGCUCCUGAGACUUUUUUUCGAUCAGUGUUUGUCACCGAAUCGGUUUUGUGGCGCUGUCCCGAGGGCGCUGUACGAGGACUGACCGCAGCUGAGGCUGAUUCCCUCUACGAAGGCUGUAUUUUACACAGACCUCAGAGCUGUGCCUUUUUCUAUGCAAUAGAACACAAACACACAGAAAGAGAAAGAGAAACUAUCAGCUGACCACUCUACUGGGAUCCAAAUGUGGACUGUAGAAUAUAUAUAUAUAUAAUCACAUAUCACACAUAUAUGUAUAUAUACACUGUAUAUAUACAUAUAUGUGUAUGUGUGUGAUAAAUGGACAGCUGUCUAUGAAUUUGAAACAGUCUUACUUUUGUAGUUUUAUAUAUAUAUAAAUAUAUAUAUACAAUAAACUGUAAAAAGAG